AUACUUCUCUUCGAAUAAUUUCGUGAGUGCUUCAGUUUUGAUUUACAAGCUUCCAAGCUCCCGGCAAUCAUGCAGAUCCAGCACUUGUUCCUUGUCGCCUUGGCUAUCGGCUCAGUUUUGAUUAUUACCGUCGAUGGAAACUCGUUCAGCCUGCCAACCUCAAAAGAAGACGCCCUGGCACUUGUUAAGAGCCUUCCGAGCGUUGUGAGCCCGGAUAAUCCUCUUCUAGCCGGAAUCCCUAAAGCUGUUUUAAAAAUCGUCGCCAUAAUUCUCGUCCAGGUGCUCACCGCUAUCGGCCUUGGCGGGGAGCUCCUUCCCUUGAUACUCGGAUUUCUCGUCGGUGUGGGUGUGGAUAUAAUCACGAGUGUUGUCUCCAUCAUCGUCGAGUUAUUGGGCAUCGUUUUGUGACCGCCGAAAACGAUAGGUUAAGCACGGGGGCCGCUGUUCCCAACGGUAAAAUAUGCGCGAAAAGCAAUCGGCUUUUCCGAAUUAACUUUAAAAGGUAGGAUACUUCUUGUAAUAUAAUUGUAAUUUUGAUUUUCAUGCUUUCUGGAAUAAAAAUGUUUCUCGAUGUGA